GGCGUUUGCAGAGCAAGGGAGGCGGGUUUCCCCUGGUUCCGUCUCUCUGCGCUGAAGCUGCUUCCUGGUCACCUGAGAACGAGGAAGGAGGCCGGUGGCUCGACUCGUUUCGGGUGCUGGGACGCCGCCAUGGCUUCGCUUUUCAAGAAGAAGACGGUGGACGAUAUAAUUAAAGAACAAAAUAAGGAAUUAAGAGGUACGCAGAGGGCUAUCGGAAGAGAUCGAGUAGCUUUGGAGAGACAAGAAAAGCAACUGGAAUUAGAAAUAAAGAAAAUGGCUAAAGCAGGAAACAAGGAAGCUUGUAAGGUUCUAGCAAAACAGCUUGUGCAAUUGAGAAAACAGAAAACUCGAACCUAUGCUGUUAGCUCAAAAGUUACAUCCAUGUCAACUCAGACAAAACUGAUGAAUUCCCAGAUGAAGAUGGCAGGAGCAAUGUCAACAACAGCAAAGACAAUGCUGGCUGUCAAUAAAAAGAUGGAUCCACAGAAGACUAUGCAAACUAUGCAGAAUUUCCAGAAAGAAAACAUGAAAAUGGAAAUGACCGAAGAAAUGAUCAAUGAUACCCUAGAUGAUAUCUUCAAUGAUUCUGAUGAAGAACAAGAAAGCCAGGAUAUUGUUAACCAAGUUCUUGAUGAAAUUGGAAUUGAAAUAUCUGGAAAGAUGGCAAAGGCUCCUUCAGCUGCGAAAGGCAUGCCGUCUGCAUCUACAUCAAAAAAUGCUACAAUUUCAGAUGAAGAGAUUGAGCGGCAGCUUAAAGCCUUAGGAGUAGAUUAGCUUUAUGCUAAUAUGAAGCCUGACUUCUACAGCAGCUCCAACAUUGGCAUAUGCACAAACCUCCAGUACAGGUUUCAAUAAAAAACCAGAUUUCGUUGCAAAUCUCGCCUAAGCCAUUAUUGGUAAUGGUCAUUUCUAAAGACAGCUGGAAGAACUAAACUUGAGAGAGAAAGAGAACAGAACAAAUAUAUGUGAUGAAGAAUUUGUAUAUCUUUUAUUAAAUUGGGAUAUUUUGUUAACAGGCCAUUUAUUACAUAUGAUUUCAAUUUUGAUUUCUUCAGUUUAGUUUUUGGACAAAAAGUAUUUAGCUUGAUAACUAUUCCAUUCAUCUUUAGAUUUCUACAUUUUGUAAAUUAUUACAAGCAGCCUUUCUGAAAACAUUUCAGCUCUGUUUCAAUUGUAAACACUUCUUAAGAAAUAACAUUACUUAAAAUGAAGACUUAUUUUUUUCUGAAUGGGAAGAGACAGUUGUCAUCUUCAGCAGAAUGAUUACAAAAAUUUCAGUAAAAAAUUAGGGAGUCUUUCGAUAAAUACUUUUUAACAAUUUAGUUCAGUUUAAUGUUAAAAUGAUACAUGUGUUUCCAUUAUAAAUUCUGGAAUAGUAUUGAUACCCAAUUAGUGAAACUUCUGGAGACAGGGCUCUGGUCUAAAAUAAUUUUCUGUUAGCAAAAAUAUUGGAAAGGAAAAUAUUGAAUAAUUUCCAUUGUACUGUAAUAUAGCUGACUUGAAGAGGAGUUUGUGCCUUUGUGUAUAUAAUGCUUGGUUUCUUUUAAUUUAAGUUUUGAAUUGUGAAAAAAGUAAUGUAAGCCAUUAACUUAAGUUAGCACUGAAAUUAUGUGAACUCCAUGAUUGAUGUGGAGUAUGUAACACCUGAAAAAGAUAAUCUUUUUCCUGCAAUAGCAUUUGUACAUAAAUACCAUGCAGCAUUUUUCAUUAAACAAAUGUUACUUUGCAAAAUAUGCUUUAUUGUCCAAUAUAAUAUGCUCUAUAUCCAUUUUUACACUUAAAUGUUGCACACUGGCUUAACUGAAGUUAAUGAAUUUAUUUGAAUUUAAAUUGAGCCUAACGUGGUUAAGUAACACAUGCUAUAUGUGUUAUAGCAGAUGUCCUCAACCUUUUGGGCACCAGGGAUCGGUUAAGUAGAGAGAGGUUUUUCUGCGGACCAGAUGGGGCUUUGCUUGUUUAUGCGGCCUGGUUGCUGGCAUGCGGUGGCCCGAUACUGGUCCACAGACUGGGGGUUGGGGACCCCUGUGUUACAGGACAAAUACUUCACUUGAAUUGUGUAGCAAUAGAAGAGCAGGUUGUAAGAGUAUUUUGUAUUUUUUUCAAACUGCAUUGUAGACUUGGCACUAAUCUUACAGGUGCAAAGGAUGAGUCAAUGAAUAACAUAACAAAAUAAUUUUGAGGUUAUAUUAUUUGACCAAGAAUUAUAUGAAAAUAGAAUGUUAACAGCAAUGAGAAUGUAGCAUUCAAUUUUAAAAGGAAGCAAUUAUUUAAUUAUGCAUUGUGUCAAAGCGUCACAUCACUUAAGUAUCAUGAAAUUGGAUUUUAUAACUACAAUAAUGUUUAGUACAGUAUAUCCCAAUGUGGUAAGGUUGUGUAAGCUUUCAUGGUGUAAAAAUGAAAUAAAAGUCUUUAACUAUUGCCAAUUAAAUCUGAUAGAUUUAAUUUGUAUUACUUCAUAAUAAGGAUCUAAAAUCUAUCAAUUAGUUACUUUGGCUGCAAUUUACAUAUUAGUACCUAAAAGUAAGCUCCAUUUAACUUAAUGGAACUUCGGUGCAGGCAUGAGCAGAAUUUUGUUAUACAACAUGUGAAAACUAGAUGUGACCUUUUUUUAAAAAAAAUUAUAUUUAUAUUCUGUUAAUCUUCUCAUCUGUACUUUCCUAUAUUCAGAUCCUUAAUAUUAGUUAAAUUAACAAUA